UUCUGUUGUUUCCUUUCUUUUUCCUCUUCAACAAUGUCUAAGGUGAAUCAUCUGAGAGAGUUCAUCGGUCAGCGACUAACAGCAGCUGCUGUAGAAAUAUUGUCAGUGUUUGAAAAAACCAUCUUGGAGUAUGAAGAAGAGCUCGACCGUCAGCGCAGACUGUUGGACCUCGCCUGGAAACCUGAAAUCAGACUCCACAGAGUCGAACUCCCACAAGAAAAUGUUUGUAAGGUGGAGGAGGACGUGGAGGAGGACAGUGACCAGCACCUCAAUAACCUGGAGAGGAGCUGCAGCCCGGACCAGGAGGAACCAGGGCAUCCACAGACUACAGAAAUGGAGGAAGACUCCAGCGGUCAACACAAGGACGUAGAGGUGGAUGUCUCAUUGGUCAAUGUUGCUCAUGAGAAAGUUGAAAAUGGUGAACCAGGACCAAAUUGUGGCCAGCUGCUGUUGCACACUUUUCCUGAAGCUCAAAACAAAGAUGAGGAAGGGACUGAAAGUUUACGCUCAGACUCCAGUAAAAUUGCAGAUCCGGAGCCAAUGAGACGACACGGUGACCACGAAGAUGCUUCUGUCCCGUCAGAGAGCAACUGUAAAUCAAAGCUGACCAGGACCCACACAGGGAAGAAGGCGUUUUCUUGCAGCACUUGCAAGAAAAAGUUCAGUAAAAGUAGAAUUUUAAUGGAUCACAUGAAGAUCCACACUAGCGAAAGGCCGUACCUGUGCAACACCUGCGGAAAAUCGUUUAGAAAAUCAUCAAUAUUCAAGAAGCAUAAAAUGAUCCACAUGGGCCAGAAGCUCUACGUCUGCAAAACAUGUGGUAAAAGUUACAGACAAAAUUCCAGCCUGAUGAUUCACUCGAGGGCCCACACUGGUGAAAAGCCGUACCUGUGCAAAACCUGCGGCAAAAGCUUUACUAAUUUAUCUGAUCUUAACCGGCACAUAACCAUGCACACGGGCGAGAAGCCCUACGUCUGCAAAACAUGUGGAAAAAGUUACAAGCAAAAUUCCAACCUGGUGAUUCACUCGAGGACCCACACCGGUGAAACGCCGUACCUGUGCAACACCUGUGGAAAAACCUUUACUAAUUUAUCAGAUCUUAACCACCACAUAGACACGCACACGGGCGAGAAGCCCUACAUCUGCAAAACAUCUGGAAAGAGUUACAAGCUACUUUCCUACCUGGUGAUCCACCCGAAGAUCCACACUGGCGAAAGGCCAUACCUGUGCAACACCUGCAGCAAAACCUUUACUAAUUUAUCGGAUCUUAACCAGCACAUAACCACGCACACAGGCGAGAAGCCCUACGUUUGCAAAACAUGUGGAAAAAGUUACAAGAAAAAUUCCAACCUGGUGAUUCACUUGAGGACCCACACCGGCGAAAGGCCGUACUUGUGCAACACGUGCGGAAAAACAUUUACUAAUUUACCGGUUCUUAACCGCCACAUAAACACGCACACGGGCCAGAAGCCCUACAUCUGCAAAACAUCUGGAAAAAGUUACACACAACGUUCUACCCUGGUGGUUCACUCGAGGACCCACACCAGCGAAAAGGAGAAGGGUCCAGCUGCAGGCUCGGAGGCUGCAGUUCCAGGACCCGCAGUUCCAGGACCCUCAGUUUUUGCAACAGCGCCACUCAAUGAAUUGGAGUUGUCAUUGCAGGUUUGCAGGUCGCAGAUUGCAGAUUGUAUCCGGACUUCGAUGACGAACAUGCAUAUUACUAUACAAAGAGGGAGCUCUUUGCCAGAGUUGCAAAGGUGCCGUACGUGCUGCGAUCAAUAUCACUGCCCUUUCUGCCAAUCAUCCUUGUUCCAUCCCACCAAACUGAGCAAGGUGAAAAGCCAUUUGGAGGCCCAUUUUAAGAGGGCAAUGUCACAUGAAGGGUACACCAUCCACAGAUGUGGGUUACAGUGCAAAUCUGACCUACACUACCACUGCAUCCACUGUCAGUCAAUAUUAAUACGCAGGGCGGACUUUAUCAAGCACCUUGCUUUGUGCAAGGCAAAGCACCCUGCUGUAAUAGGCAUCCAAGCACCAAAAGCACCCACACCUGUGGCGCCUGCGCCUGUAACAUCUGCUGCUACACAGCACGCCACCGCACCGCACGCCACUGCCACCACACCGCACGCCACUACCACCACACCACACGCCGCUGCUGCCACACCACACAAUGUUGAUGCACCAUCCACCGCUGCACCAUCCACCGCUGCACCAGCCACAGGCGGAACAGCUGUUCCUUGCUGGGCAACCCUUACAUCCAAGUGAAAGGGAGGAAUUUAAAAGGAAGCUCCAAAAACAACUGUUCUUUGUGCAAGACGUGCAACAAAGGUUUUAGCUGCAGAAUUAAUUGUCUGAGUCACAUGAAAAAUCACCCGGAGGAGAAGUCUGGUGACUCGUGACAAAUGAAGUUCAUGUUGUCGUCCUCCGGGGGCAGCUGUCCACUCCUGUCUGACUCAUAGAAGAAGAACCUGCAGAAGUCCAACCACCACCUCCUGUGGCUGAUGAGCCUAAUCCCCUCCCCACAAGAGUUGCAGGUUCAACCCAGAUUUAUGCUUCUCUGUGAACUUGACGCAGAGGGAACGAUGUGUAUACUUUUUUUUUUUAAAGUUCUGCAUUGAGUUUGUUUGAAUCCCUGUUCCUUCUUAAAAUCGUAUUAUUUGUUGCUGUUGGUAACUUGUCGUCUCCACGGGCUGUUAGUAUGUGCUGAAGUUUCUUUAAACGUUUAUUUCGGUCAUCUACAAAGCCUCCCUCACACAUCCUUUCCCCGUCUGUUUCUUCUUCACUCACAUUCUCUUUGUAAAGUUAAUCUGCAGCUCCAUGUUGUUAAACUCUCUCCAUCUACUCCGUUCAGAGUUUAGUCCAAGUUUGAUAUAUUUACAUGUUCAGUUUUUUACAACGUUCCUCUGAAAAACAAGAAGAAACUUCAGAGAAACGAGGACAAAAGAAGAAAUGCAAGCAUCAACACGUCAGAAACAGAACAGCCAACCAUCUGUCACCAUUUACAGUUUAAGAUUAAGAUUCCCAGAAUAUUCAAAUUUUUUGAGAUAGGAUAUUUGAGUUUUCUUAAUAUGUAAGCCAUGAUCAGCAAUAUUAAAAUAAUAAAAGGCUUGCAAUAUUUCAGUUGAUUUGUAUUGAAUCCAGAAUGUAUGACUUUUUUGUUUUUGUAAUUGCAUUACUGAAAAUCACAAUAUUCAAAUUUUCUGAGACAGUCCUGUAC